ACAAAAGUAGCCGGCGCGCCGCAUCAGUCGCCGCCGAAGUUUCACUGCAGUCUGACGGAAGGCGAAAAGUUCCGCACCAGGCGGGAGACGCUCCUGAGCCGCCGGAGCAGCGAACGAGCCACUGGUCCCGGACCCGGUCCCGGUCCCGGUCCCGGUCCCGCCCUGACGCCACGGGAGGCGGUUACGGCUGUCAGGCUGCACGCGCCGCCGCUGCGUUUCAUUCCUCUGGUUCGCUGAGAGACAGGACACAGCACGUCACCAGUUAGACUCACGCAGCAUAACCCUGGAAUGCCUUUGACCAAAAUGGGAUAAAGAAAAACCAUGGCCGACCGCUUCGACUGUGACAACUGCAAAGAGUCGCUGUACGGCCGCAAGUACAUCCAGUCGGACGACAGCCCGUACUGCAUCCCCUGUUACGACAGCCUGUUCUCCAACACGUGUGACGAGUGCAAAGAGCUCAUUGGCCACGACGCGCGGGAGCUCUUUUACGAGGACCGGCAUUAUCAUGAGCACUGCUUCCGCUGCUUCCGCUGCGAUCGCUCCCUGGCAGACGAGCCCUUCACCAGCCAGGACGACGCCUUGCUCUGCAACGACUGCUACUGCAACGAGUUCUCGUCCAAGUGUGUAGCCUGUGACAAAAUCGUCAUGCCAGGCACAAGGAAGCUGGAGUACGCAGGCUCCACGUGGCACGAGGGCUGUUUCAUCUGCCACAGCUGUGGUCAACCCAUCGGCUCCAAGUCCUUCAUCCCCGACAAAGACGACCACUACUGCGUGCCCUGCUAUGAGGAAAAGUUCGCCCCGCGCUGCACGCGCUGUAAAAAGACGCUGGCCAAGGGCGGCGUGACCUACCGGGACGAGCCGUGGCAUAAGGAGUGCUUCGUGUGCACCAGCUGUAAGACGCAGCUGGCCGGGCAGCACUUCACCUCCAGGGACGACAGCCCGUACUGCCUCAAGUGCUUCGGCAACCUGUACGCCAAGAAGUGCGAGGCCUGUGGCAAGCCCAUAACAGGCUUCGGCGGAGGGAAGUACAUCUCGUUUGAGGACCGCCAGUGGCACCAGCCGUGCUUCACCUGCUCCCAGUGCUCCGUUUCACUGGUGGGCGCCGGCUUCUUCCCUGACGGAGACCGGAUCCUGUGCCGCGACUGCCACAGCAAUCUAUAGAGCGGUCAUUAACCAUCUGCUCAACCUUCCUUCAAUUCGUUUCUGCCCUUUGUCACAGCAUUUCAACCCCCCAAAGCCCCUGGCUAUUAUACAAAUUGCCUCUCAGGUCAUAUUAAUGUAAAGGGCGUGACAUCCUGUUUUGAUGCUGCAUUGUCUCCAUGAAUCGUCAUAAUCACAGCCUCCCUAAUACCAAACGCUAUUGAUUUUAUUAAACAAAGUUAUAGAGUGCCUUAAAACAUUUGUUUCUAUUGAACCAAAGAAAUGCAAAGUGCUAGUCGUUUUGCAGAAAGAUCCUUUAUAUUUGAUACACGCUGCCACUUCAGUGUGUGAACUGUAUUUGCCGCGAUGCAGAGUAGGGUACGUCCUGACGUUACUCUUGUCCCCUGUCACGUUUCCACGAUGCAGGCCCUUAUUGUACAUAGGAGGAGUGACACUGUAGUAAAGAAUGCAAAAAUGUAAUGUAACAAAGUCAAAGCAAGAAAAAGACGAGGUCACACGUUCUGCUGCAUGGUAGAUAUGAUCAGUAAAGUCAUUUGCACUUUGUAUGAGACACAUCAGAACACAAAGACCUGCACAAAGCACAGAUCACCUUUUCCUAAGUUGUGUAUUUCCGCUCUUUUCAUUUUCAUUUGCCGUCAUGGAUCAUUUUAUCACCUUCGCUGAAAGAGCCAGCUUUUAUAACCAAAUGAAGCUGAGAAGCGGUGCAGGACUGUUUGUGUGUCGCAGCUCGUGUCUCCGUCUGCCACGAUUUUGCCUCUGUCAUCAUUUUGUUGCUGUUUAGUGCUUCUGUUUUGCAUUGUUAGUUUUUACUUCUAUGUGUUAAAAGUAUAAAAAGAACCUAUUUCAUGAAUUCAGCUUUGAUGCUGGUGAGUCAGAGUUGGCAAAUACACCUUUAUGAGAUGCAUAAGAGGCCAUCAGGGCAAUAAUACUGUAAGAGAAAUGAUAAAAAAAUGAUAUAGCUCAAUGCUACAAUGGUUAGUCUUACUUGUGAAGUCUUGUUGAAUAAAUUUACACUGACUGAC